CUCGCGAGAGGCUUGCUUAGGGACGGUCUCCCUUGGUGACAAGCGGCUGAAACUUGUAGAUUAAUCAGAGAGAAGGGAGGUAUGGAGGGGUUGAUGAAGGCGUAAAUACAGUAGACUUUUGUAUCAAACUCCCUAUUUAUAAGCGCCUCUGUUUACGUGAGGGACGGGGCCUUACAUCAGUCUGCGAGCGGCGGGUUGCUGUAGUCGCCUGCUCCGCCCUUACCUCUGCAGAACUACGUCUACCCACCCGGGUGCCUGCAGCAGACCUCCAUAGACACACACUGAAGAGCCACUGCGAUUUGACGACUGGCCCCACUGCUGGCCUGAUCGCACUGUCUGGAUUACAAGGGAUUUCCCAGGAUCUUUAACUGUCUGAAAUGGAUGAACAAAGCGUUGAGAGUAUAGCGGAAGUCUUCCGGUGUUUCAUCUGCAUGGAAAAGCUGAGAGAUGCACGGCUAUGCCCUCACUGCUCCAAACUCUGCUGCUUUAGUUGCAUUCGGCGCUGGCUGACAGAGCAGAGAGCACAAUGCCCACAUUGUCGGGCACCCCUCCAGCUGCGGGAGCUGGUGAACUGCCGCUGGGCUGAGGAAGUGACCCAGCAACUUGACACGCUGCAGCUGUGCAACCUCUCCAAACACGAAGAGAACGACAAGGACAAGUGUGAGAAUCAUCAUGAGAAGCUCAGUGUGUUCUGUUGGACCUGCAAGAAGUGUAUCUGCCACCAGUGUGCUCUGUGGGGAGGGAUGCAUGGCGGGCACACCUUCAAACCCCUUGCGGAGAUCUAUGAGCAGCACGUCACCAAGGUCAACGAGGAGGUGGCCAAGCUGCGGCGCCGGCUCAUGGAGCUCAUCAGCUUGGUGCAGGAAGUGGAGCGCAACGUGGAGGCUGUGCGCGGGGCAAAGGAUGAGCGCGUGAGGGAGAUCCGGAAUGCUGUGGAAAUGAUGAUCGCUCGGCUCGACAACCAGCUGAAGAACAAGCUCAUCACUCUCAUGGGGCAGAAGACAUCCCUGACACAGGAAACUGAGCUGCUGGAGUCACUGCUACAGGAAGUGGAGCAUCAGCUGCGGUCCUGCAGUAAGAGCGAGCUGAUCUCCAAGAGUCCUGAGAUCCUCCUGAUGUUCCAGCAGGUGCACCGCAAGCCCAUGGCCUCCUUCGUCACGACUCCUGUGCCCCCAGACUUCACCAGUGAAUUGGUUCCGGGCUAUGACUCGAGCACUUUUGUUUUGGCAAAUUUCAGUACACUGAGGCAGAGGGCUGACCCAGUCUACAGCCCACCGCUGCAGAUAUCCGGGCUCUGCUGGAGACUAAAGGUUUAUCCGGACGGGAAUGGAGUGGUGCGGGGGAACUACCUCUCUGUCUUCCUGGAACUGUCGGCUGGGCUUCCUGAGACUUCAAAGUACGAGUAUCGAGUGGAGAUGGUGCACCAGGCCUCCAGCGACCCGACUAAAAACAUCAUCCGGGAGUUUGCCUCGGACUUUGAGGUGGGAGAGUGCUGGGGCUACAACCGCUUCUUCAGACUGGACCUGCUGGCCAGCGAAGGAUACCUGAACAUGCAGACGGACACCCUCGUCCUCAGGUACCAGGUGCGGUCGCCCACCUUCUUCCAGAAAUGCCGAGAUCAGUACUGGUACAUCAGCCAGCUGGAGGCAGCACAGACCAGCUACAUCCAGCAGAUCAACAACCUCAAGGAGAGGCUGGCGAUCGAACUGUUUCGCAGACAAAAGUCCCGCAGCGCUUCACCGUCUAACCGCAGAUCGGGCCACUCUGCCUCUGAGAGAGACCCCCAGCAUUGGAAGGGAGGGGUGACUGAGGGGGCUGCCCAGGCUGGAGUGGGAGAAGGGAAGGAGGAAGAGGAAGAGGAGAAGACACGGCAAGAUGACUCCAAUGAGCUGUCGGAUGGGGACCUUGAGGUUGACUGUCUUACGGGGGAUGAGGAGGUGAAUCCUCUGGACGGGAGCAGCACUUCAGGGAGCUCCACUGCCACCAGUAACACUGAGGAGAACGACAUUGACGAGGAGACCAUGUCUGGAGAGAAUGAUGUGGAGUACAGUGGUAACUUGGAACUGGAAGAGGGGGAAUUGCUGGAAGAUGUGGCCGGAGCAGCAGGUGGCUCCACGAACCCCAGUCUGCGCUCUCUGAGGCGAGGAGGGGCAGGCCUGGUCUCGGCCACCAGUAGCAGCCUGCUGGAGAUCGACCCGGUCAUCCUUAUCCAACUGCUGGACCUCAAGGACCGGAGCAGCGUGGAGUCUCUGUGGGGCCUGCAGCCCAGGCCACCCUCCUCCCUGCUGCACACCACAGCAGCAGCGCACUCUCGCAAAGAGCGUGAGCGGCGGCCUCAGGCAGUGCGGCGGUCAGCCCCAGACUCCGGGGUCCUGAUCCGGUUGAAGGCCCAGAUGGCGGAGGUUCGCAGUAAGAUGUCGGAUGUGAAGAGCCAGCUGGAGGCGCGAGGGGAGCCGAGAGCUGGGGCCUCCGGGAGUCUGGUAGAGCAAGGGCCUCCCACAGACACUGAAGCGCCCUGCAGGAAACUGAGCGACCUGGAGCUGCUGGGCAAGGGGGCUGCAGCCAACAGACAUAGCAGGAGUGCUACAGGUAGGAAGGCAGCGUCCCCGAAGCUGGAGUGUGCUGGAGCGGCAGGCAGCCUGUUUCUGCGCAGGGCUGUGGACAGCGUGGACAAGGAGACCCGGGGGAAGGGGGACUGUGUCCCUGCCAAUGAGGGAAGAGCCCGCCCAGGGGACUGCCUGGCUGUCUCCGAAGGUCCCUUGAAGCCCCGUAGCGCACACAGCUCCCCGCCGUCGCUUGGAAAUGGGAGCUCUUCUGAUCAACCCUGCUGCUCCAAACAUGAGGACCAGGCCUACGCAGCCGCCAACACUGACCUGUUCAGGAUCUCGAGCCUCAACGGGGUCGUCUCGCUGGACAAGAACCGCCGGGCCGCUACGACCGGGUCCGGGCUCCUGACAGAUGGGACUCUGGACUGUGACGUCGAGGGAAGCAGUGAGAUCCGGGAGUCGCUGCUAGCUCAGUCUGAAGGGACGUCAUCAAGACAGGAGGAAGCACACUGCCAUUGUGCUUGGACAGGGCUGCUGUGCCAGAAGCAAGUGAUCCACCUCCUGCCGGGGAUGAGCAGUGACAGUGAGAUUGAGUGCGACAGUGAGAAUGAGGAGGAGAGCUGCGACCUGGAGGCUGGGGAGUGCAGACAUGACAAUCGCUUGUCUGUCACAGGGGACCAGUUGAGCUCUGAAGAUCUGAGUUUUACUGCGGGGGACACGACAGAGAGAUAAGCGACCUUGAGAGAGCGGCCUAAGAGCUUGACCAGGAACGGGGGACAGGAGCUGCGUUAAGUAACCCCCCUCGCCCCUCCAAAAUCGCUGACUCCCCCAUCACAGCACUGACUGGCCAGCCUGGGAUAUGGUUCUUAUUUUGUACUUUCAUUCCCUAGACAAUUUGAAGAUAUGUUUUCUUUUUCAAAGAACCUGGACUAAUAGGAGUAUGAGCUGCUGUCUGGUUUGUGUCGAGUAUUCAGUCUAAUUGGAUGUUUUGAGCUCCGCUGACUGAAAAAGCUGCUCUUGUGUUUUACUUGGUUAUUUUUUUAUGUAUGUAAGUCUGUCUCUCCUUUUGUAUUUUUGUUUCGAAUAUAGAGAUUUAAUUUAUUAAUUUAUUGAACAGCUGCUUACAACACUUAACUUUUUGAACCGCAAGAAGCUUUGUUUGCAGAAAGUAAGAAGUGGAUAUAUCCAGGGACCUUUGGCUUCUUUUUAUAGUUUUGUGUGCUUAACCCUCCUCCUGAUUCCAACAGUCAGGCUCCAAAUCCUCAAACUUGCAAAUCAACCCACAAUGACUUCCAAUAGCUAGGCUGGCAAUUCAGUAGACUGACUUUUUCCACUGGCCUACAGUAUCUGUCUUAAUCUCUACCAAACCAUGAUGAGUCAGGCCAGCUGGAGAGUUAUGGAGUGACAGUUGUCACAUCUGUUAUGUGGGAUGCAAAGCAUUGUACAGGGUCACUCCAGGAGCUCCAGCAGAGAAGCGCGAUGCCACUUCUGUGUUUUGAGGACUGCUUUGAUCCACACAGGGUUUGCAUCUAUUACUUUGGGGCACCUGAGUUUUCAGGCUUGCCACUCUUACAUCUUCUUUUGAGAGCAAGAACUCCUCCCCCAUUCUCUGCACAUCUAACAUUGUGUACAUGUGUGCAUUCCUGUCAAUGCGAGUUACAGCCCCCACUAUCAUAUUGAGUUGUUACAUCUUCACUGUUUUUCUUCAAGUGCCUGUUUUUGUGUAGUUCUGCCGGUGGAUUGACAUCACAUAGGGGAGUGAGCAAGAUAUGUACUGGAAUAUUUGAACUGCAUUUUAAUUGUCUGAGAGGGGCUUUUAAUUUUAGAGUAUAUAACAGAGAAUUAACCACAAAAAAACACACAUUCCAAAUAAUGAACAGACCAAUCGCCUAUACUGUAAACAUACAUUCAUUCUGUUUUGUUCUUGCUGAAGAACAGUGAAGGAGUGGCAGUUUUGUACAGUGCUAUUGUGUAAAAUGAAUGUUGUGUGUGUGUGUAUAGUACUAUGGUCCUAUGAAUCAGGGAUGCACUUGGCCUCCACUUCUUGCUAUUGGAUGUUCAGCGAGGCCACGCUUCUCUUUUUUGCUGUUCUAGAUUGUGCCUGAACUGAAGGUAAAUGCAUGGCUGCUUGUUCAACUCUAAAGCUGUGGGAGCUGCAAUCUCUUGUGAUGCUGAGCUGUACAUGUGCCCUAAAUAUGUAUUUGGACUCCUGUGCCCGGUCUGGUAUUCCCAUUCUGUACCUGUGUAAUUGUAUUGGACACGGUGAAGCAAUUGUCAGUGUUUUAGAUUUUGAUUUAAAUGUCCAGAAGGCUGUUAAAGCUGCACUUCUAGUAAUAACUAACAGAGUAAUAAAUGAACAAAAUAAAUUAAAAUGUUUAUCUCACGAUGGUCUUCUGCAAAUGUAUCUGUAAUGUUGUACUUUCUGAAACCUUCCUUAAUAGCUAUAAAUCUGUAGUGAUUUAUUCCUAUCUUAGUUUUCGUUAGGGUGAUUUUGAUGUCCAUCAUUGCAUCCUUUAUCAACUGACCAUGUCUUAAUUAUAUUUUGCACUGUUUUUGUGAUGGCAUGGUAAGAAAUGGCAUGGAAAGGAGCGAGUUCUAUGAACUGUCAGUUGUUGCUUUUAAAAGUUUGAUCAUUCCAGAGUGCUGGGGGGGGGGGUGCAUUUUCUGAAAAAAACUUCUUGUCCAAGGGACAAAAUGCUAGAGAAAUCUACUUUCCCCCUCCCCGUCGCACAAAACACACACAAAAAAGAACAAUAACUUGUAGGAUUUUGGUUUUAUUUAACAGAGAACACAAUCAAUCAAUUGGUGAUUAACAGGGUGGAUCCAGCCUUGCAGCUUGACUGCUUCAGGAAAUUCUUCAAGAUACACAAAAGGUUCCCUCUCACCUCAACACAUGUAUAACAUACUUUAUGGAAAUGUUCCAAACUGCACUGAAAAGGAACACAUUUACUAACAAAUUAAGUAACAUACGAAGAGUACAACUAUAAUAAGCAAUACUUGGAAUUAUUGAAAUAUCUUUUUCUAUAAGCUGAAUCCAGCUCCUGGUGUACAGGUGUUUUAGUUUGUUGCAUCCUUGCCAGCUAUUCCUGCUGCUUUGUGGAAUUCGGAUUUUUCUUGACGUUCUUUCAGUUUUUGUAACUGCUGAACCCCAGGUUUAUAAAGGACUUGUGUAGAACCUGCCAAGUUUCUCUGCAUUUUUUACUAUUUUUUUCUUCCCAAAUGCACGCGGUAUUUACAGUAGGCUCCAUCAAAUUCUGCAAAGACAAAAUAUGUUUUUUUUUUUUUUUUCUGUUCUACACUUAUUCUUUUUAAACGGUGUAGAACAUUUCACAGCUCCUCUAACGUCUUGUCCCAUAAUGCUACCUGCUGGAACACUGCUGCACCAGGUGGUCCUGGUUUUGGGAGGGCAACGUUCUUUCACUGAAAAAUAAAUACAUAAUAAUACAUAACAAAUACAAACAAUCGCAUCAAAGCAUAUCAUUUAUAUUA